AUGGAGGAUCCAGCUGAAAUGGUAGCAGUCCAAGAUCUCCGGCCGAUGCCGCCGGCGUCAAGCGUCCGGCGGAGGUUAGUUCAAUCUACUUUGUUUCCGAUCAAUAAAAAAGAUCAAAUUUGCAAGAAUGGAGAUUAUAAAGGAGAAGGAGAACACGGCGGAGCUUACAAGGAAGAAGGGGAAGAAGAAGACGACGACGCGGAGGAGGAAUGGGAUUGUAAUAGUAAGAAGAGGACGCGAAAUUCUUCUGCCAGGAAGAAGAAGAAGAAGGCUAAUAAUAGUAAUUCGAAGACAACCCCGCGAUCUAGAGCUACUAAGAAGGUUGCUGUAAAUCCAGGAGAUGUUCCAAGCCUGAAGGUGGAUGAAGGAGAUUCUCCCGUUAUUAGAUCUAAUUCCCAGCUUCAGAACUCACUGGAAGGAAAUCAGAAAAUCCAGGAAAAUGAUGACGUGCCUGUCGUUUUAUUGGAAGAGAAUAGUGAGUCCUGCUCACCAAAUUCUCCUGCCAAUAAGAGGACUCCUAGAAAGCCGAAACAAAAGGCCAACUCGUUGGUGGAGGAGAAAAAGAAAACGAAGACCACACCAAAGAAAAAAGUAGUGAAUGGUCCCCAAAAAGGGCCAGAUGAACCCGCACCGCAACUUAUUCCUAACUUGAGGUUGGAAGCAAAAAAAUCUGCAGAGGAGAAUUCAAGAUUGUUUGCUGGAAAACAAAUUCAUCCAUUUUUUUCAUCAAUGAAGUCAAUCAAAAGAAACCAAGAGAUAAUUGAUCUGGAGAAUUCUUGCUGCUCUGUUGAAACAAAAGAACCAAGCCUUGUUUUCAACCCUAUUCAUGUCUUUGACCAUGCUGAGGAUGAUGCCUUGUCAUUAGACUGGGGGAAUUGGGUAUUUUAUGAUAGGGAUUCUCUGAAUAACCAAUAUGACCUAGGUUUUGUCUCCUUAUCUGCAUACGAAGGACAUGUGAGCUCUUUACAGUUUGAUGAAAUCUCCACUGUUGGUCUUCCAACCAGUGUUAAUGCGUGCCAAAGGGAGAUAUCUCUGGUUGAAUGUGAUACACUUCAUAAGGACUGUGGGGUUGAGAGAAAUGAAGCAUCUACCUCAGGUGUAAGCUGCUGUGACAAGUGGCAGGGAGGCUACAUUGAGCAAAUUUAUGGGGAGCAGCAAGCUAAUUGCUUAUGGACAGACAAAUUUCGACCAAGGAAGGCUGCACAGAUAUGUGGCAAUAGUGAUUCUGUUAAGUUUCUAACGGAUUGGCUAUGCAUGUGGCAUGAAAAAAGUUCUCAAGUUGGGAAAAGCAGCUUUUAUGACGAUAGUGCAGUUGACCAAGAUGAUGAUUGCUUCUCUUAUCCUAGUGACUCUGAUUCUGAAAAUUUCAAUGAUGAAACCUCUUUGAAUAAUGUUCUCCUCGUUACAGGACCAGUUGGGAGUGGGAAAUCUGCUGCCAUCUAUGCCUGUGCUGAAGAGCAAGGAUUUCAAGUUAUUGAGGUAAAUACAUCUGACUGGCGCAAUGGAGCCCUAGUAAAGCAGAGGUUUGGAGAGGCUUUGGAAUCACAUUGGUUGCAACGUAAAGUAAAUAUUAAAGAGAAUUCAGAGAAGGAACCUCCAUCAAAGUUUUUCCCAGGGAUGAGCCGAGGGUCUGAAAUUGAAGUUGUUGAGAUACCCCCAUCAGACGAAGACAAUCAACAAAAUAGUGAGAUGUCAUGUAAAUCAACUUUUGGGGUGGAUAAAAUUCAGGAGACUCAAAAUGUAAUGAAGACUUUGAUUCUGUUUGAGGACAUUGAUAUUGUUCUCGUUGAAGACCAUGGUUUCUUAUCCACAAUAAAGCAACUCGCCCGGACAGCAAAGCGUCCAAUGAUUUUGACUGCUAAUAGCAAAAACCCUGCCCUGCCAAGUAACCUGAAAAGGCUAGAGGUGUCUUUUGAAACACCAUCAUCAAAGGAGCUUCUUGAGCUUGGACAUGUGGUUUGUGAGACUGAAAAAGCUAAAGUUCCUCCUUGGUUGAUAGAUAGAUUUGUCAAAUGUUGUAAGGGUGAUAUUCGUAAAACUAUUAUGCUGCUGCAGUUUUGGUGCCAGGGUCAAAGUUUAAAGAAAGGUGACAGAUUGCAGAUAACCUAUCGUCCACUUCCAUUUGAACUUCAAGCUGGGCAUGCGAUACUUCCCAAACUAAUCCCUUGGGGUUGCACUUCUCAACUAUCUGAAAUUAUCGAGGAGGAGAUCACUAAGUCGUUAACAAUGAUGGAAGAACACAAAGGUUUAAUGGAGAUAGUUGUAGAACAAGAGUUAGUAGAUGGGAGAUCACAUGGAACUCCGACGUUUCGUGAUGAGACUUACUGGAUUGAUGCCAAGAAAGAAGCUAUGCUGAGCUUCCAUUGUUCAGUUCAGAGUGAAGGUGUGAUCUUAGCUAGUCCUGAUUAUAGAUGUCAAACUUCAAAUAUAUCUGGAUCCCCAGUCACGGUUUUCAGAAGAAAUGUAAGGAGAAAACUGGAGACAGUCAUCUCCUCCGAUUCUGAAGAGGAUCAUUUAGGUGAUAGUUCUCCUGCAAAUUUUGUUGGGGCGUCUUUUGAUGAUUCUUACACGAUGCAGGACAUGAAAACCAUUUAUUCUCCACAUAAAUUUACCAUUGGAAGGUGCUGCGUUCAAACUGAUCACCUUACCCACUCUGAAAAGGCCGGAGUGGAGCAAACUUUUACAGAAUGCUCAGAAAAUGUUACACAUCCACAAAGUAAUGGCUUUUGCACAUCAAUGGGAAUCUCCUGUGUUCCAGAAUCAUCCUUUGUCCCUGAGACUGAGGUUGAUGAUAAAACAGAGGUAUUCUCCGCAGAGGUAUCAUGCAGUCUUCUUCACAAAGAGGAAGGAAAUUCCACUUGCAGGGGUGCAUUAACAAACUCAUUUUUGGUUGAGAAUGAUAUUCUUUUUACCCCCUUUCUGGAUAAUCAUGAAAAGCUUGGUAAUUGUAGUAAUGUUGACGGGGCAAUGUUUCAUAAAGAGGAAGUAGGUGAUUCUCAUCUUGAAUGUGUGGAAGAGGGUGUCAGACAGCAUCCUAUGUUGGAUGAAUGUAGCCGUAUUGACUCCAUAGGAGUCAAGAACUUGGAAAGGCUUAGGUCUCAUGGACAAAUUGAGUCCAUCGAUGAAACAUGGAAAAGACUUCGUGAUUGUACUAUGGAUUUCCGAAGGUAUGUUACCCUUGAGGAGAAAGAUGUUCUCCAGGGUCUUGAAGUUGUUUCAGGAAUGUCUAAUUUAAUUUCGGAGGCUGAUCUACUGCUUAGUUCCUGCGAACCACAAAUUUGUGAUUCGGUCGAACCAUCAUUGCUACCCAGUGAGAGUUCACAAUUAUGUAGCUGGUAUGAGGAUCAUCUGCAUAUGUCAUCGACCAUGGCUCAACAUGGUAUUUGUUUCUACGCCAAGAGAACUGUUGCACUAGGAUUAAGAAGGGGCUUAUUGGAUAGAGUAGAUUUGGCACAGGAGAUGUUAUCCUCUUCUACCAGUAACAUGGCUCUUGGAAAAUUACUUAGUGUGGAAAGUAAAGUAGCGAAGGAUAUGGAGGUGCCAUCACGGAUAAAUAGCAGUUCCUUGAGAAGGGAGAUGGACUUGUCCAUUGGCAAUAUACUUCAGUCUUUAGUUUCCACCCGAUCGCAUCUAUCUUUACGUGGUGAUGCUUUUCAUGAUUAUCUCAGUUCAUUGAGUAAGAUCUCAAGAUUAGAAUCAAUGAGAUUGUCCGAACAGGCAUCAGCAGAAAAGAAGAGAAGGUAUGUCCGCUGUCUUUUUGCUGUGACUCGGCAAAUUCUCAGCUUUUGCAGGUGCUCAUAG